CAGCGUGACGUCGCCUUUCCCCUCUUCGUCUCCGCUGCUAGCAGAAUUAGCAAUAGCACCUUUUAGCCUCCAGCAGCUGUCGGUGGCAGUCAGUCAGCCAGCCUGUCAGUCCGAGUGGUGGUGUCCGUUUAUGCGUGUGUAAAUCCCCCCCACUUUUUUUUCCUCUUCCCCUCCACCCGUAGAAAACCCGACGACGGCCGGGUUGUUUUUUUCGGGAGCCAGCUUUUGCUUCACCUCUGCGGGCCACCUGCGAUAAAAAUAUUGUCCUCGCCGUCACGACAGGAAGAAGCCCUGGGACAUGGCGAGACCAGAACAAGUCCUGCUGCUGGAGCCACAACACGAACUGAAAUUCAGAGGCCCGUUUACAGAUGUUGUCACCGCCACUCUGAAGCUGACCAACCCCACAGAUAGAAAUGUGUGUUUCAAAGUCAAGACGACCGCCCCUCGCAGAUACUGUGUGCGCCCAAACAGUGGCAUCAUUGAUGCUGGAACCUUCAUAAAUGUUUCUGUUAUGCUGCAGCCUUUUGACUAUGACCCCAAUGAAAAGAGUAAACACAAAUUCAUGGUGCAGUCCAUGCUGGCUCCGUACGACAUGACUGACAUGGAGGGAGUUUGGAAGGAGGCAAAGCCCGAAGAGCUGAUGGAUUCAAAGUUGAGAUGUACAUUUGAGAUGCCUCUAGAAAAUGGGGAAACUCAUGAGAGUGAAAGCAUCAAACCUGUGUCUUCCUCUGCCUCUGUUAAGACUGAGCACUCUGUCCUGCCCAAGUCAGCCAGCGCCUCGCUGGAUGAUGGAGAGGUGAAGAAGAUCAUGGAGGAGUGCAAGCGACUGCAGAUGGAAGUGCAGAGGCUACGGGAAGAAAACAAACAAAUCAGGGAGGAUGAUGGCCUGCGGAAGAGAAAGGUGACAUCACUGACCACCCCUCACUCCUCCUCCGCCAUGGCCACCACAGCCGUGAGGGACGAAGGCCUAAGCACCCGCGUUCUGGCGUUCUGCGUGCUCUUCUUUGUGAUCGGAGUCAUCAUUGGCAAGCUGGCCCUGUAGGGACACAGACGGACAGAGCACAGUGACAGACAGACGGAUGGACAGCGUGCCCGGGAGGACACGUAUCAGAGGCGGCGAUGGGGAUGUCUUCUGGGUUUAUGUUGAUCUGUUUCUUCCUUUUACUUUUUUUUUUUUCUUUUUUUUUUUCUUUUUUUUAAACAUUUAAGGCAAUGUGAUGGUUUGGUGUAAAAAGAAAGGUUAUCCCAAGUUAAACCAUGAGUGUGAGCGUCUUUGUCACAGUUCCUGCCUCUUCUUUUUUUUUUUCUCUCUUCUUUCCGUCCAUCUCUCUUCCUAAAAUGAUCUUCCCUAUCUUGCACAGGUAACUGUUAGUGGUGUGUGGAAGUGGCUUCACGCUGGCUGAAUGUCUUGAGUCUUUCAUUGAUUCAAGUUUUCUUGAGUUGCUCACGCAUCAUCUGUAGGAAAGCUCUAACACUCCUCUUCUGAUAAUCUCUUCCACUUAUUAUGAUAAUCUUAAAGGAGAGGUGAACAUAGCUGAUCAGUGAGACUUUUUUUUUUUCUUCUUGUAAAUUCAAGCUUCAUAUAUUGUCUUCUAAACACUUUUGGGUUUUAAAAAAAAAGACCCAGUAGAAGUCGCGCGUGUGUGUGUGUGUGUGUGUGUGUGUGUGUGUGUGUGUGUGUGUGUGUGUGUGUGUGUGUGUGUGUGUGUCUUGUUUUUUGCCUCGUGCAGGGGCGCUGAUGUGACAGACUGUGUGAAUGUUUUAAUGUGAGGAGACCACAGACGGUGAGAUGGCAGGCUGUUUUAGGACAAAGGAAGGGGGCUGGUUUGAAAAAAAUAAUCCAAACAGAUUUCUUGUAUUCAUCAAAAAUGGAGGUGUUUGAAAAUCAAAUUCAAUAUUUGGGUGAUCUAACCUGUUAUCCACAGCAAGGAAUCUAUAGAAAUUCAGUGAAGUCCACUUUUAGACCAUUUGUAAAAUGAUAAAUUCACAAUUAAAAAGGUGUCCUAUAGGGUGUUAUUUGUGAGUUUUUUUUUGUGUGUUUUUUUUUAAACAAAGCUGUAAUUUAGUUGAAGAUGUCACAUUUUCACAUUUUUAUUUUUGUUAGUAAUUACUUCCUCAGGCUCACGCACGCAGUGAUGCUGGAUGACAAAAAAGACCUAAUUUCCAACUUUAAAGCUGUGGAAAAAACCAACUCUUACAUAGUGUACUGAAAUAUAACAAGAGUUUUGGCCACCUUAUUUAAUUUUGCCCAUGGUGUAUUGACUUUGACCCUUCUGGUGUGCUACAGCAGUUCUUUGCUCCCCCCCCCUUCCUCAUUGUGUAGACACUUGGAUUCUGUUGUUUAAAAUAUUCAAAUGCACUAUUCUCAGAUAUGCACGCUGUAGUCUGCAUGGAAUAGCCUGAAUUUAUUAUGAUUAUUUUAUUUUUUUGUGUUGAAAAAUUAUGUUAACAAAACAAACAAAAAAAUACUGUCUUUUCCAAAAGGGACCAUCUUGAGUCUGGUUUUCAGUGUGUGUCCGCGUCUUAUUUCCAUCACCUUUUGUGUUUGUUUCCUAUUGAGCUCUGGUGGUUGAGAGAUAACACAGCUGUAUUAUCUUUGCUGUCACAUGACCAUCUCAGCAAACUCAUUUCUUUAAAAGUAAAAUAUUUUUUCUUUUUUUUUUUUUUGUUUUUUGUGGGGGAGGGGGUCAGAUAUGUGUGAAUGUGGGCAGCUGUGAGGAGGACUGACCUGUGAAUACACACUACAUUAAAGGAUUAAACAAAAAAA